CGGAGGGCGACCAGUGCGCAGGCGCAAUUUUUGAUUUUCCCUCUAAGGCGGUUGUACGACAUUCCCGUUGUUGGCACCGCCUCUUCCUCCCUCCCUCGCGCCCCGCCUCAGAUGCUGGUGCCGCCGCAGCUUCUUCUCCUGCACACGCGUGUCUGACAGGCCGCAGGAGCCGGUUAGAAGGGGCUUGAGGAGGGACGGACGGGCGGGCGAAUGGAUGGAUCCCCGCGUGGCCUGGAUCCAGCCCGAGCAGAAAGGUCCCGCCAAUGCGCUCUGGAUGCAAAUCUGGGAGACCUCGCAGGGCCGAGCCGGCGGUGGCUCGUCCUCCUCGCCCUCCUCUUCGUCUCCGUCUCCUUUCCCCCCGACAACGCAGGCUCGCUACUCCCUUUGCCGCUUUAGCGCGGCGACGACUCCACCUCGCUCUGAGGCCGCCGGCGGGCCUCCUUCGUCACCCCAGCCACUGUCUAAGCCUUCUUCCCUCCUCCUUCUCCCCGCCCAGACGGUGGAGAGACGUACCCCGCGGCUGCUGUUGCUGCAGAAAUCGUCUUCAGUCUCGUCGUCGUCGUCCUCCUCCUCCUCAGCUGAGUCUGGCGCUGACAGUCCCGGCGGCGGAUCUUCUUCUUCCUCCUCGUCCUGUAGCCGAGCCGGACCUGGGCCGCCGCCGCCUGCAGCAUCUUGCAAGGCCUUGGAGGGCGGCUCGGCUGGAGAGAAUCAAGUGAAGCGGGGCGGGGAAGAGGAGACAGCGGAAGUGCAGAGCCAGAGGCCCGCAGGAGCAGUGCUUGCCGCCGCCUCGCCUCAUCAUUACCACCACCACCACUACUACCACCACCAGUACCACCCGAGCCGCAGGAAACGAGAGAACAAGGCCAGCACGUAUGGGAUGAACUAUUUGCUCUCUGGCGGUGGGGGUGGCCACGAAGGUAUCGCCCCGGCCGGCGACAGCAGGCUAUGUUCUCAAGCGCUGCCGGGGUUCAACCCCGCCCCCGGCACGCCUUGGAAAAGCAGGCAGUACAGCCCAGGCAUACAAGGGCUCCAUGAAGAAAUAAUUGACUUCUAUAACUUCAUGUCCCCUCGUCCUGAAGAAGCAGUUAUGAGAAGAGAAGUAGUGAAAAGAAUAGAAACUGUCAUCAAAGAUCUUUGGCCAUCAGCAGAUGUUCAGAUAUUUGGAAGUUUUAGUACAGGGCUUUAUCUGCCAACUAGUGAUAUUGAUUUAGUGGUUUUUGGAAAAUGGGAGAGUCCACCUCUACAGCUGCUAGAACAAGCACUAAGGAAACACAAUGUGGCUGAGCCAUAUUCAAUUAAAGUACUUGACAAAGCUACGGUACCAAUAAUAAAGCUUACUGACCAGGAAACAGAAGUGAAAGUUGACAUAAGUUUUAAUGUGGAAACUGGUGUGAAGGCAGCUCGUCUUAUCAAAGACUACAUGAAGAAAUACUCUUUGCUGCCUUACUUGAUUUUAGUAUUAAAACAGUUCCUCCUUCAAAGAGAUUUGAAUGAAGUUUUUACUGGUGGAAUUAGCUCUUACAGCCUAAUUUUAAUGGCAAUUAGCUUUUUACAGCUGCACCCAAGAAUUGAUGCUAGGAGAUUGGAUGAAAACCUUGGAAUGCUUCUAAUAGAAUUUUUUGAACUCUAUGGAAGAAAUUUUAAUUACUUGAAAACUGGUAUUAGAAUAAAAAACGGAGGUGCCUAUAUUGCCAAAGAAGAAAUCAUGAAAGCCAUGACCAAUGGAUAUCGACCAUCCAUGUUAUGUAUUGAAGAUCCUCUUCUGCCUGGCAAUGAUGUUGGAAGAAGUUGUUACGGUGCCAUGCAAGUAAAGCAAGUUUUUGAUUAUGCCUACAUUGUUCUAAGCCAUGCAGUAUCACCACUUGCAAGAUCAUAUCCCAAUAGAGAUUCAGAAAGUACCUUAGGAAGAAUAAUCAAAGUGACACAGGAAGUGAUUGACUAUAGAGCUUGGAUUAAGAAGAAAUGGGGGAGCAAAGCUAACUUGUCACCUGAUCUUGAUAUUCAAAUGAAAGAGCGAGAAACAAUAUCUGUGUGUAAUGCCAUCCAGAAUGGAGAUGCUGAACCAGCAUAUAACCAGCCUUUGGCUUUGUCAUUUACUGGUACUCAGCAGCUGUCAUCAGGCUCAUCUGCCUCAUCUGUUUCAUCUCUUUCUGGCAGUGAUAUUGAUUCAGAUACUCCACCUUGUACAGCUCCUAAUGUGUACCAAUUAAACCUGCAAGCACCAUCUCAGCUUACAGCUGGUUUACCACCAGCAUUGCCUAUGCCAAGUGGUAAAACUCAGUCUGUGCCUGCAAGAACAUUGAUUAUGACUACUAAUAAUCAGCAGCACAGUGGAAUGAAGCUUACCGUGAAAGGAACUCACAAUCAUAAUCAAGGUGGUGGAUACAAUUCUGCCAGUAAUGGAGCCAUGAGACAGCCUGUUAGCAACAGAGGGCACCACCAACAUAACCGUAACAUCUGGAGAAGAAAGAAGUAUAGAGACAGUUUGCCUAUUAGCCUUAGCAGAUAAUGGCCAACUUCUGAGGGUUCGCUUUAGAAUACCGCAAUAUGUGUGACGCUGGUCUGGACUUGAGAACAGCACUGAGUGCAUCAGUUUGUGGAUGUUGCCAGAUAUCUGCAUCCAACCUUGCAUGUUGCUUCGUGUGGUGGUGGAGUCCAUCUUAAAAGAAAUAAUUGUGCUUAUCUGUGAAGCCUUAUUAAAUGUGGAAGUUUGUCUUCUGCCUAUCCAUGAUUACUACAGUGCCGAAGCAGCUUUGGCAGGAGUACUGUGAGGACCAUAAAUGCUGUGGCACUUCUGCUGUAGCUGCAUUUUUUCAUUAUAGGUUUUUUGUUGGUUGUCAAAGUAAUAGACAGUUUGGACUUUACUUUUUGUUGUAGGAAAUCUUUGUGACUUUGCUCGCUGCCUUCCCAUUUCUUGUUUAAACCUUUUCUUACCUUACUCAUAUCAAACAUAACUUUUGUGCAAUAACUUUGAAUGUUUUUCAUGUAAGUUGUAUUUAAGGGACGGAGGGUAUAUGCCAUUUUUAUUUUUGCUUUACAGAUCCUUUCCCAAAUAGCAUUUUUUAAGUUGGGGUUCAUUAAGUUAACUCUAGCUAAUGAAAAGAGCACAGUCCAGUGCUCUUGCAUAGCUUAUACUUGUUUCAAUGUGGAUCAGGCAAGGGAAUUUGGACCUUCAAUUUAUUCCUUAAAACUGGACAAAGAUCAUCACAACAAUCCAGUCUUUUAGAGUAAAGGGGGAUGCAAACUGCAAAUGCUUUUCAUUAGUUUUAUUUACCCUUUGGGUAGGUCCAAGCAUUGUUGCUGAAUAAAAUAGCCAACUUAAAGAAUGUGGAGAAAGGAAUGUAUAUUGAUUCCAUUAAGGAAUCUGAUUAGCAGCGUGCAUUAGUUCUGUUAAGAGCAACUACCUGAAAUGUACUUUCGGGCUUCUCUAUGCUUUUUUAAGUAUCAGUCUGUUACCUUGUAAAAGAGCACAGCCCAGUGCUACACACAGUCUAUGUGGCAGUCAGUUAAUUUAAAGAUGCAUACAGGUAUACUAUGCAAGUGUGUAUCAUUAUGGCAAAGUUUGUUAGCCUUUUUUAAAGCAAGAAAACACAUCUUGUGUAGCCCUGGUUUUUUAAAAAGCACCUUACUUUCAUUGUCAUUGGCUCUGCAUCUUUUCAUGUGUUUAUUCUUUUUCCUUGUUGUAAACAUAAGAAUUCUUAAAUUGCCACACUACUGUGUAAGUCAUUCUGCUUGGAGAGGGAGCUCAGAAAGAAUUCUGCUAUCGUGUCAUCUUUAUGUUACACAGAAGCGAAUGUUCCUAAUUGAUAUUUGAAUGUUUGACUCGGAAUGAUUCUUCUAACAGUAAGCUUUAAUAUAUGCAGGUAUGCCUUGGAAGGCGGUGCAGCACAUAUUAAACACAUGUUGUCCAAAUCAUUGGAAUGCCUUUGGAUAGUGAGAGAUGAGGGCGCAACAUUCCAAAGUAGAUAGCACAUUUUUGUCUGUAGUUCAUUUUGAACCAGAGAUAACCAGUAAAACUUUAAGAUUUAUUUUGCCUAUUAAUGAAUAUUCAUAUUAGUAUUGGUUGUAGCUGCUGUUUUGAUAC